GGAAGACGAGGGGGCGGGUCCUCGGCUGCAGACAGCAGUGUGAUAUUCACCAGCUGAUUUUGAGCGCGGCGGGAUGGGCAACACAAGCGACCGCCACGGGGCUAAAGCCCACCGCUCGGACAGCAGCGGAGGUCACAAGGACCACGAGCCCAGCAGUAAGAUGGUGGACAGCACGGACGACCCGAACAUUUUCAACACACACGGGCCGGAUUCCAAGGUGUUGGGAGAAAAAGAAUUCCCUCCGGAUCUGGACGACUUGGUGAAAACCGUUCCUCAGGCUCGUCCGACUGUAAUCCGAUGGGCCGGAGGAGGGAAGGAGGUCUACAUAGCUGGCUCUUUUAAUAACUGGAGCACUAAAAUACCGCUCAAUAAAAGCCACAAUGACUUUGUAGCAAUCCUGGACUUGCCUGAAGGUGAACACCAGUACAAGUUUUUCGUGGACGGGCAGUGGGUACACGAUCCAUCAGAGCCAGUGGUAACGAGCCAACUGGGCACCAUCAACAACCUGAUUCAUGUGAAGAAAUCUGACUUUGAGGUGUUCGAUGCCCUACAAGUCGACUCGCUGGAGUGUUCCGAUACCUCAGAUUUGUCCAGCUCCCCUCCCGGCCCGUACGGGCAAAAUCAAUACGUCUUCAAACCCGAGGGGCAUUUUAAAGGUCCGCCUAUCCUUCCCCCUCACCUCCUUCAAGUCAUACUCAACAAGGACACCAAUAUUUCAUGUGACCCCGCCCUGCUGCCUGAACCCAACCAUGUCAUGCUCAACCAUCUGUAUGCGCUCUCCAUAAAGGACGGCGUCAUGGUGCUGAGCGCGACCCACCGUUACAAGAAGAAAUACGUGACCUCGCUGCUGUACAAGCCCAUCUAAGCCCGCUGCCACAAGUGCACCUCGCUAAAAUCUUGCACUGGGAACAUGUUUACGGCUUAACGGCGCCACUCCUCUGCAUUUAGGGCUAUCGGAGACACUAUGUAGCAAACGUGCGGUUUGGUGUCGACGACACUGCGGCUACCACUGAACCACUGUGUGUGUAAUUUGAGUGUUUUGCUGCACUUUGACGUUAUAUGCAUGUUGAUGUGUUUACACAUUUGUCAAUUCAAAGGGCGUGUUGACGGAUGAUCGAAUGCCAUUUGAACAAUAUUAACUACUCUAUAAUAGUACAAUUAUGGCUCAUAAGUAGUUCUACUUGUACCUCAAAGUAUGCAGGAGUGGAAAAAUGUUGAAACUGAGUUAAUGUUGCUAAAGCAUGAAGUGCAAUCAGAAAAAAAUGUUUUUCUGUCACGCUCAGUGAGUCGUUUACGUUUCACGGUUCCUGUUCGCGUGCUAAAGUGAACUUGACUUUUAUCUAUGCAGUUAUCCGAGCGGUGUUAAUGAUAUUUAUUCAAGAAGAUGUGUAUUCGUUGACAACGGCGUAGAAAUCAGACUUGAAACUUGAAUUUUUUUCAGCCAUUUCAUGAAAGUUUCCAAAACUUACAGGUUGGAGUUGAGAAGUUGAAAAAUAAAACUUUUAUUACCAACUGUCUUUUUGGUUAUUUUUUAUUCUCACGAUAACAAUGAUCUCACUAUAUGGUGAUAUAACGAUUAUCGAUGCAUGGGUCAGGAAAUCAGUGUGAUAUUUUACCAGUGGAAUCUAACGAAGUACUUUGUUACUUUCCUUUACUUUGUUACUGUAUGUUUUUGUGUAUCUGUACUGUACUUGAGUACAAAUAUGAAGUAUGACUUUUUUUUUUUUUUUUCAAUAUAUUUUUUUAACACAUAUCUGUACUUUUACUCCACUACUUUUCAAAUUUUCGGCUGCAUUACAUGUUUUUUUCUCAUUAUCAAUUGAUGGUUUCGUUUUCAUGCCACCGGCGCAAUCGAUAAAUCCUGUGCAACUAUACCGUCAUUGAGCACUAGAUAGCAGCAACACGGGUACAAGCAAGAUAAGGCGGGAGAACUAUUGACCAAUAAAAACCACCUCACUUUUAUAGUAGGUAGAGGUAUGCGCCUGAUAGUUGCUUACAAUCCGCCAUUAAGCUACAUUUUGGAGUGUUCGAGUUUGUUUCACUUCUGUUUAUGGUGCAGUCAAUUUUAUUUAUUAAUUUUCUGGUUCUUUCUUUGAAUAUGGACUCAAAUCUGUGUAUAUAUAUGUAUGUAUGUGC